AUGCUGCCCGCAGUUGUCAAGCUGUGCUGUGGGAUCUCAUACCCACAUUUAAGAAGCAUGUCAGGGCUACAGCGCACAGCCAUAGCAGCUCUUGGCCAAGAGCUAGCACACAUGCAGAGGGGUGGAUGGUUUCCUCUGUCUGAAUGGACGAGUCACAUGAGAUGGCCACUAGGGAGAGACAGCAGCGACGCUGGACGAGGUGACCUUAGACCCAUUCAUCUGAGGGAGGAGGAGCUGUCCUACGUGAGGCAGGGCCAGGAUUCUCUGAAGACAGCUCUGGAAAUCGUGGAGGACAAAGAUGGAUGGAAAAUUGAAAUCUCUGAGGCCAAUGGAGAUCUCAUCUACAGUAAGGGGUUACCAGGGGCUCGAAAGGUCUUCCGACUGGAGGCUAUAUUGGACGCCACACCAGAGGAGCUUUAUGAAAUCUUGUUUGUGAAAGUGGAGGAGAUGCAUCAGUGGAACCCCAACAUCAGUCAAAUUAAGGUUCUGAAACAUGUGGGGACUGAAACCGUGGUUACGCACGAAAUCUCGGCAGAGACGGCAGGAAACCUGAUCGGACAGAGAGACUUCCUCAGCGUCAGGCACUCAUGCAAACGCGACUCGUGUAUUUAUUUAGGAGGGGCUGCCACUCAGCUUGAGUCCCUUCCUCCACAACAAGGAUUUGUAAGAGCACAAGACGGGCCAACCUGCAUUAUUCUUCAGUCUCUCUCAGAUAAAGAGAACUCAGGGAAGACUCAUUUCACAUGGCUCCUGAACAUGGAUGUCAAGGGUUGGCUGCCUAGGUCCAUUGUCAAUCAGGCGUUGCCAAGGGCACAGGUGGAAUUCACCAGGCACCUACGGAUGCGUCUCACAGCAGGGCCAGCCCAAGGUGGAGAGAGAUGA